GAAAGCUUGUUCCUUUGCUGAAAGCAGUGUGCGUGUGUGUGUUUGUUUGGAGGAUGUAAACCCAUACGGUACGUACCUUUCAGAGCAGGUUCAUCAUCACAGAGGGUCUCCAUCCUGUGGACGGUUAAACACAAAGAGGGCAGUCUGGCACCUGAGAGGAAAGAAAAGAUCACAAGCAGGGGAUUUGAACUGGAUAGCAGGCACUACAGAAUAGGACCUGGGGUCUGGACUGAAACAAGAACUGACUGACAUACGUGUUUUGGAUAACAGCUGGGGAUGAUAUGAUCUGUCAUGUGGAGGACGCAGAGGCCGAUGAGCUUAUCAAUGAGCUUGUGCUUCUGUCUGUGAAAGAACCAAGAAACACAUCUAACACCACUGCCAAGCAGAGCCAAAAUGCCUUCAUUUAAAGAAACCAGCUGCAGUCUGGGACUUUAACCCUGAAACGCAGCAGAUCCUCUGGGCUAAAGUGAGAAGUGUGGACGUGGAGCCUGCUGCCUGUCAGCUCGGACCCAGCGCCUGCUUUCAGUCCUAAUGCCUGGACUGUGUGACAUCAAGACACCACAAGCAGGAGAGAUCUUCAACAUGAACACAGACAGUGGAGGACAUGUCCGCAAAAGUGCCACGCUUUCACUCACUCUAACCCCCAUGAAGAGAAUCCAGAGCUCACCAAACCUAUACACGCCGCUUACAGACUCUGAAUCACAAUCUAAAGAUUCAGAUUUGUGGAGGCCCAGCAGCAGCACCAGUGAUGGUCUGAGAAAUGGUGACGUGUGUUCUUCUUCUCUGGCAGCUAAAGGCUACAGAAGUGUCAGGCCCAACUUUCAGGAUAAAAAGUCUCCCACACCAGCACGAGAACAUAGUGUCCACUCCCACAGACUGCUGUCCACAGCGGACCAAACCUCAUGUUCAUCACAAGCAGAGCAGCCCUUCUUACACCCUUCAUCUGUGGAGCUGGAGAGACAAGUAGCUUCCCUCUCCAUCCGCAUUAACCCUAGGCCUCAGAUAUCGGGACGGCGCACACAGACACUGUCUUUGAGACCCCCUACCCCUCCUAAAAGGAUGGACCUCCCGGAUAGCCGCUCUCACCCCUGCCCUCCACUGCCAUCUGCAGCCCCUCCAGUGCCUGAGGUGCCAGUCCUCCUCAAACAAACCAAUCCCGGAACAGCACUGACCUCACAGUCAGCACCUAACCGGCUCAGACUCUCCUUCGAUUUCAUCAGAGCUGACCUUCACCCCGAGACCCCUUCUCCAGGCCCUCCCUCUCCGCUGGGGCAGAGCCGCUGCUCUUCCCGCACUCAGAGCGAAGCGUCCACAGCGGUGCUGGAGGAGUUGAGGGUGUGUGGACUAGGCCCAGAGGGUGGCUCUCGUACCCCUUCUCCAACCCUCAGCCUGAUGAGUGCGGUCACAGUCAACAUGGGGUUACACUCCCCUCCAGCUAGCACCGCUCAUGGCCAGAUGACUAUGAACGGGGGUCUGAGUGUGCCAGCAAGUCCUCGUAGUCACUUCCAAAGACCCUUCUCUCCCUCAACAUACCCCCCUCCUCCUUCACUGAGCCCUAGUAUUACAGCCAUGCAGCAGGCUAGAAGCACUGCCUCUGAGUCUAGCACUCCCAUCUACGCCAACGUGGAUCCUCCUGCACGAGCACCACAGACUGACAGGAAAGAAACAACAGGGAAAGCUCCGCUCUAUACUGGCAUCGGUCCCGUGGAUGAGUCUGGGAUUCCCGUUGCCAUAUGGGCGGUGAAUAAUGAGUGGUCUGGGUCCCGUACUGCCACAGAUCCUGUUACAAGUACUGGGACAACUAUUUCCAAACAAGAUAAGCAUGCUGCACCUAAUGCUGCUCAGGCCCAUCCUGCACCUAAAACCAGCACCUACCGGCCCAUUACCAAGAGUGUUUCUGAUAACGGAAUAUACGGUCUCAGGGUGCCUGCCUCCUCUUCUCUCCCAACCCCUCUGCCUACAUCAGCAUCCACACAGCAGAGAUCCAGCGAAAGGGAGGCACCACAGAGAGGCAGGAGCACACCUGACAUGAAUGAGUGGGGGCCUCCUGACAGAAAGGUGGACACACGGAAAUACAGAGCAGAGCCGAGAAGCAUCUUUGACUAUGAGCCGGGGAAGUCAUCUAUUUUAGAGCAAGAGAGAGCGACAAGUAACUUAAGGCCAGAGGACAUAGAUUUAGAGAAUGAGCCGUGGUAUAAGUUCUUUGCUGAACUGGAGUUUGGGCGGCCGCCUCCAAAAAAACGUCUUGAUUACAAUCCAGAGAGCUCUCCUCGAUUCCAAGCAGAGACCUCCCUUUAUCAGCCAUCCAUAGAGAGGAGCCUUGAAACGCUCUCAAGCUCUGCCAGUGAUAACAAGAGACGGAAAUCUGAACCUGCAGCCACUCAGCCCAGGGCUCAAAGCAGUGUGGGCACAACACAAACAUCUGUCAGACCACUAGAGCUACCCAGGAGGAAUCCCCUCACCAGCCCCAGCUCGCCUGCCACCACCAGGACUAAAGGUGGGGAUGUGAGCAAUAUGCACACAGCACAUUUAAAUGGUCAAAGUCCAAACCAUGCUACCUCAGAAUCCACAUAUCAAAAGAAAGGGCAAAAUGAGGACAGUUUCAUAGCUGUCCCAGCUGUCUCAGAAGGCUUCUCCAGCCUCCCCGAAGGCUGGAAAACAGCCCAAGAGAACCCAGAAGACUGGAUGAUCUCAGAGGAGACCACGUCUAAGCUCAAAUCCUGGAGUUGUGAUGACCUUCUCUCUGAGGGGAGGGAAAAGGAAGUGCAGACCCAUUCGGAAAGCACCGGCUUUUUGUUGCACAACGGGGAACUAGAGGCAUCACAAUGCAUUGGCGCCCAAGAAUCGGAGUAUCCUAGGGAGAGGACAAGGCACCACUCAGCCCACGAUGCACCAGGCUUCCUCAAACUCUACAAAAAGAUGCAUCAUAUCAACCGACAAGAGCUGAUAAACUCUACGGUGAUAUGCUCCGUCAAAGCCAGGAUCCAUAAGUAUGAGAGCGAACAGCGGAAGGACAGACGCACUGGCAACAAGGGCUGUAACGAAGAGGUGCCUCGGGACAUGGUGCACAAUAGGAUUUCUAAAUUCGAAAGUCUAAUCCAGAAGUCCAAAUCCAUGCCAAAUCUUGGGGACGAGUGCCUGAUCAGGAGUUCUUGUAGGGGGGCCAGCAGUCCCAAGCGUAGCCUCUCUAUUGAGUCAUUACUGGAUGAAGAAUCACCAGCCAGAAAUCCUCCUGAAGGACGGCCUCAAUAUCCCAAGAGAAGCACCCACAUGCCAAUCCACAUUCAAGUCACCAGUGACCAAUUACAGAACUCUGCCAUGCAACACGACUACUCAGACAGCGAACAUGAUGCUGUAGUGUCUGACCUUAGCGACUUCAUCCAGAUUGAGGGAUCAUCCUUCUGUAGCGAGAGGGAGUUUGACGUGUGUUCAUUUGCCUCCACCGAGAGCUUCUGUGGAUCUGGGCACCCCCAUCAUUAUCACAGGCAGCUUGUGAGCUCCUGUAAGGGCCGCUGCCCGGCUUCCUACACGCGCUUCACCACUAUGAUCAAGCACGAGAGAGCCAAGCAGGACCGGAGGCAACAUUUGCGAGUAGAGGAGUCUGAGUUCGGCCUCAGCAAACUCGCCUUCCUGGUCAGCCCAGUGCCUUUCCGCCGGAAGAACCUGUCACCUUUGAGUUGUUCCCGAGUGCCAAACUCUAAGAGCUGUAUGUAUGAGGCUCUAGAUUCGGCCCUGAAAGACAUCUACGACCACAUCCGCUCCGAGAAGCACAGGGGUAACCUGCCGGACAACAGCAUCCUUCAUAGGUUGCUGGUGGAGUUGCUUCCUGACAUUCCUGAGAGGAAUUCGUCUCUACACGCACUAGAGAGAAACAGCCCAACAAUUCAGCCUCACUCUUACCACCCACAGCCUGACGGCAUGCCCAGCCAGGACACUCACCAAUCUGAGUACUCACACCUGUCCUAUAGUGCCUCUCACAACCAUAUAGACAGCAACAACAACCAGAGGAAACACAACUUUGAAUACUGCUAUCAAGAUCAGGACACAUCCAGAGAAUACUCUUACCCUGAUGUGGGCCACCGCAUACCACAGAGCAGGAGACAAACCCCUGAUGUCAAAGAGAAACUGCCAGCCAGAGCAAUAUAUGACUUCAAAGCACAGACAGCAAAAGAGCUGACGUUUAAGAAAGGAGAGACGGUAUACAUCACUCGGCAGAUAGAUAAUAACUGGUAUGAAGGAGAACACCACGGACACGUGGGCAUCUUCCCCAUCUCAUAUGUGGAGAAAAUCCCCCCUUCAGAGAGACAUCAGCCAGCUAGACCUCCUCCACCAGCUCAAAGCAAAGAAAUUGGGGAAGCAAUUGCCCGUUACAACUUUAAUGCUGAUACUAAUGUGGAACUUUCAUUACGAAAAGGCGAGCGUGUUGUUCUGUUGCGGCAGGUGGAUAAGAACUGGUUUGAGGGCAAAAUCCCAGGUACAAACAAACAAGGGAUUUUUCCUAUGUCGUAUGUGGACGUCGUUAAGAAGGCUUCAGUACAAAGUACCGGUCAACCUCCAGGGCCCAGUAUACCCUCCAGCUACUCCAGUGACAGGCUAAACAGUAGGCUAGAGAUCCUCUCCAGCCAAAAAGCAGAUUUAGCCGAGAAAGAACUGCAGUUGUUCUCAGAUUGCAAAGACCUCCACAAACCAGUCGAGACAGACCCCCCUGUUUUAGAGGCAUAUGAAUCCCCAUUGGACAUUCUUCCACCUAAAGACCCCGAGGAUGAUCUGUGUGAGGAGUUAGUGUCAAUCAUUAAGGCCAGCCAAUCAAAGGGCAGGUUCAAAGAAGAGGAGGGAUUUUAUCGCCAGGAACCAGAUGUAAUGGAAAAGCUUCCCAGACUGUUUAUAGAGGAGGAGACAAAUGAACCCCUGCCAUCAAAUACAUUUACUCCAGUCCAACCCGCCCAUAGUGAGGGGUCAGAUUUUGAGCAGGGUGAAGUUUCCCAGAAUGCCUCUCCACGUCUCUCUCCCCUGUCCUCACAGAUGUCAUUGCCGUUCACACUGCCCUCAUCGGCUAAAUACUCUCCCCCUUCCCCGCGCUCCACCCCCCCUCUGCCCGGGGUUUCACAGUCGCCCCCUCCCUCUGCAAAACUGUUCUCCCGACAGGACCUCCGCUCCCCAAAGGUCAAGUCUGUGUUAAGGCGUGAUGUUGUGGUUGUUGGUAAGCCCCCUCGUAGCCCUGUGAUGUCUAGGAGGUCCUGCGGAUCGCCUGUUAGAGGUCAAAACUUUUCACCAUCUCAUAGGGUAGGGAGUAUGUGCACCUUGUGUGGCAAUGAUAAGCAUGCUGCACCUAAUGCUGCUCAGGCCCAUCCUGCACCUAAAACCAGCACCUACCGGCCCAUUACCAAGAGUGUUUCUGAUAACGGAAUAUACGGUCUCAGGGUGCCUGCCUCCUCUUCUCUCCCAACCCCUCUGCCUACAUCAGCAUCCACACAGCAGAGAUCCAGCGAAAGGGAGGCACCACAGAGAGGCAGGAGCACACCUGACAUGAAUGAGUGGGGGCCUCCUGACAGAAAGGUGGACACACGGAAAUACAGAGCAGAGCCGAGAAGCAUCUUUGACUAUGAGCCGGGGAAGUCAUCUAUUUUAGAGCAAGAGAGAGCGACAAGUAACUUAAGGCCAGAGGACAUAGAUUUAGAGAAUGAGCCGUGGUAUAAGUUCUUUGCUGAACUGGAGUUUGGGCGGCCGCCUCCAAAAAAACGUCUUGAUUACAAUCCAGAGAGCUCUCCUCGAUUCCAAGCAGAGACCUCCCUUUAUCAGCCAUCCAUAGAGAGGAGCCUUGAAACGCUCUCAAGCUCUGCCAGUGAUAACAAGAGACGGAAAUCUGAACCUGCAGCCGCUCAGCCCAGGGCUCAGAGCAGUGUGGGCACAACACAAACAUCUGUCAGACCACUAGAGCUACCCAGGAGGAAUCCCCUCACCAGCCCCAGCUCCCCCGCCGCCACAAGGACUAAAGGUGGGGAUGUGAGCAAUAUGCACACAGCACAUUUAAAUGGUCAAAGUCCAAACCAUGCUACCUCAGAAUCCACAUAUCAAAAGAAAGGGCAAAAUGAGGACAGUUUCAUGGCUGUCCCAGCUGUCUCAGAAGGCUUCUCCAGCCUCCCUGAAGGCUGGAAAACAGCCAAAGAGCACCCAGAAGAUUGGAUGAUCUCAGAGGAGACCACGUCUAAGCUCAAAUCCUGGAGUUGUGAUGACCUUCUCUCUGAUGGGAGGGGAAGGGAAGUCCAGACCCGUUCGGAAAGCGCCGGCUCCUUGUUGCACAACGGCGAACUAGAGGCAUCACAGUGCAGUGACGCCCAAGAGUCUGAGGAUCAUAGGGAGAGGACAAGGCACCGCUCGGCCCACGAUGCACCAGGCUUCCUCAAACUCUACAAAAAGAUGCAUCACAUCAACCGGCAAGAGCUAAUAAACUCUACGGUGAUAUGCUCGGUCAAAGCCAGGAUCCAUAAGUAUGAGAGCGAACAGCGGAAGGACAGGCGCACGGGCAACAAGGGCUGUAACGAAGAGGUGCCUAGGGACAUGGUGCACAACAGGAUUUCUGAAUUUGAGAGUCUGAUCCAGAAGUCCAAAUCCAUGCCAAAUCUUUGGGACGAGUGCCCGAUCAGGGGUUCUUGUAGGAGGGCCAGCGGCCCCAAGCGUAGCCUCUCUAUUGAGUCAUUACUGGAUGAAGAACCACCAGCCAGAAAUCCUCCUGAAGGACGGCCUCAAUACCCCAAGAUGAACACCCAUGUGCCAAUCCACAUUCAAGUCACCAGUAACCAAUUACAAAACUCUUCCAUGCAACACGACUACUCAGACAUUGAGGAUGAUGCUGUAGUGUCCGACCUUAGCGACUUCAUCCAGAUUGAGGGCUCAUCCUUCUGUAGCGAGAAGGAGUUCGACGUGUGUUCAUUUGCCUCCUCCGAGAGCUUUGGCGGAUCCGGGCACCACCAUCAUUAUCACAGGCAGCUUGGGAGCACCUGCAAGGGCCGCUGUCCAGCUUCCUAUACGCGCUUCACCACUAUGAUCAAGCACGAGAGGGCCAAGCAGGACCGGAGGCAACAUUUGCAGGUAGAAGAAUCUGAGUUCGGACUCAACAAGCUCGCCUUCCUGGUCAGCCCAGUGCCUUUCCGCCGGAAGAACCUGUCACCUUUGAGUUGUUCCCGAGUGCCAAACUCCAAGAGCUGUAUGUAUGAGGCUCUAGAUUCAGCCCUGAAAGACAUCUACGACCACAUCCACACUGAGAAGCACAUGGGCAACCUGCCAGACAACAGCAUCCUUCAUAGGUUGCUGGUGGAGUUGCUUCCCGACAUUCCUGAGAGGAAUUCAUCCCUGCACGUGCUGGGGAGAAGCAGCCCUACAGUUCAGCCUCUCUCUUACUACCCACAGCCUGACGGCAUGCCCAGCCAGGACACUCACCAAUCUGAGUACUCACGCCUGUCCCAUAGUGCCUCUCACAACCAUAUAGACAGCAACAACAACCAGAAGAAACAUAACUUUGAAUGCUGCUAUCAAGAUCAGCACACAUCCAGAGAAUACUUGUACCCUGACGUGGACCACCGCACACCACAGAGCAGGAGACAAACCCCCGAUGUGAGAGAGAAACUGCCAGCCAGAGCAAUAUAUGACUUCAAAGCACAGACAGCAAAAGAGCUGACGUUUAAGAAAGGAGAGACGGUAUACAUCACUCGGCAGAUAGAUAAUAACUGGUAUGAAGGAGAACACCGUGGAUACAUGGGCAUCUUCCCCAUCUCAUAUGUGGAGAAAAUCCCUCCUUCAGAGAGACAUCAGCCAGUGAGACCUCCACCACCAGCCCAAAGCAAAGAAAUUGGAGAAGCAAUUGCCCACUACAACUUUAAUGCUGAUACUAAUGUGGAACUUUCAUUAAGAAAAGGUGAGCGUGUUGUUCUGUUGCGGCAGGUGGAUAAGAACUGGUUCGAGGGCAAAAUCCCAGGUACAAACAAACAAGGGAUUUUUCCUGUGUCAUAUGUGGACAUCGUUAAGAAGACUUCAGUACAAAGUACCGGUCAACCUCCUGGGCCCAGUAUACCCACCAGCUACUCCAGUGACAGACUGAACAGUAAGCCAUCAUCUGCACGUACCCUCUACAACUCUCCAUCCCCAUCUGUCCGUCCACUCUCCUCAUCCUCUCCCAGUCCACAGAGAGCCACACACCUUCAGGCCAUCACCAGCGAGUGGUUGGCCCUUACUCUGGGUCUGUCUCCUUCAGGAACCCCUGCCCCCACACCCCCUCCCUUCCCUUCCAAUUUCCAGCCAUACUUUGAAGUGUUGGAUUCUGCCAUCUCCCCUUCUCCUGCCUCCUCCAUGCUGGGCCGCUUUCCAGCCCUCAUUCCCCACACCUCCACUCCUGCGCUCAAAGAGGGUCACUUCAUUCCCAUCACCUCCCCAAAGUCCUACAUGUCCCCCGAUCCCAGCCCGUCACCUCAACCUUACCUCACCUCCGCCUCCUUCACUCCUUCGCCCACCUCACCCAUAUUUGACUCCAGCCCCAGGUCUAGCAGUGUCAUAGAGAUCCUCUCCAGCCAAAAAGCAGAUUUAGCCGAGAAAGAACUGCAGUUGUUCUCAGAUCGCAAAGACCUCCACAAACCAGUCGAGACAGACUUGGUUGUUUUAGAGGCAUAUGAAUCCCCAUUGGACAUUCUUCCACCUAAAGACCCCGAGGAUGAUCUGUGUGAGGAGUUAGUGUCAAUCAUUAAGGCCAGCCAAUCAAAGGGCAGGUUCAAAGAAGAGGAGGGAUUUUAUCGCCAGGAACCAGAUGUAAUGGAAAAGCUUCCCAGACUGUUUAUAGAGGAGGAGACAAAUGAACCCCUGCCAUCAAAUACAUUUACUCCAGUCCAACCCGCCCAUAGUGAGGGGUCAGAUUUUGAGCAGGGUGAAGUUUCCCAGAAUGCCUCUCCACGUCUCUCUCCCCUGUCCUCACAGAUGUCAUUGCCGUUCACACUGCCCUCAUCGGCUAAAUACUCUCCCCCUUCCCCGCGCUCCACCCCCCCUCUGCCCGGGGUUUCACAGUCGCCCCCUCCCUCUGCAAAACUGUUCUCCCGACAGGACCUCCGCUCCCCAAAGGUCAAGUCUGUGUUAAGGCGUGAUGUUGUGGUUGUUGGUAAGCCCCCUCGUAGCCCUGUGAUGUCUAGGAGGUCCUGCGGAUCGCCUGUUAGAGGUCAAAACUUUUCACCAUCUCAUAGGUCCCAAAGACAAGCAUAUGUUCAUGAUCCGCUUCAAGGUGCAGGGGAACCAUUUCAAGCCCUGUAUAACUACAUGCCACGAAAUGAAGAUGAGCUGGAACUGAAGGAAGGAGAUGUUGUUGACAUCAUGGAGAAGUGUGAUGAUGGAUGGUUUGUGGGAACGUCCAGGAGAACCAAGUUUUUUGGAACCUUUCCUGGGAACUACGUGAAGCGACUAUAAAUGGACUUUUCCAAUACACAUCUACUGUGGAGAGAUGGACAAUGUCACUUACAGCUACCUGCUGGAAUUAGCAUGACAUGUUCCAGUCGUCAACCUGUUGGACUGACGGAAAGUGAUGAAACUGAUGAAAAGCCAAUGGCCUUCGAGGGGUUAUUGCACCAUUUAUGUCAUUUGGUUCAAAUAUGUUGAUAAUUACAUUCGGAAAGCAUUACAUUAAUUAGGAAUUUCAGUAAAAGCUUUAAAACAUUUGGUUGCCUACAUUUUUCUCAUAGUUGAAAAUAAUCAGUUCGCUUGCCUUCUAGUUAAGCUGAUGAAUUUCAACAUAAUGAGUUAUCAAGAGCCCUAUUUUUUAAGAGGCAUGUUUUCUUUCAUCGGAAGGAUGAAAUACAGUAGGUGAGGAAUGAUCUACUGCUGGUGGCCCUUGUACACUGGACCUGAUGUCUGAUCUGAUCUAGAUUGUAUAGACUGAACAGUAUUGCAGUGUCAUGUUUGUGUCAGGCAGUGGAUAUUACAGAUGACCAUUCCUGCCAACAUGUAUCUUUUCAGUAUGUUAUUAACUUUCUGGUUCAGAAGAAUGACCUCCGGUUUUCUAGGGCUCUAACGUUCUUCCUCCAGACAUUCCUUUGAGCAUUUGAAGGAUUUUACAGAUAAGAGAAAAAUAUUUUUGAUAUUUUUCCAUCUAAAGAGAUAACGUUUUUGAGAAUGCAAUAUCCAUAACAAAAAGCAUUUUGGCAAAAGACCGUAGUAAAAUGACUCAAUGUCUCUACUGCCUAUAAUAUUUCUGUGUUGGGUGACCUUGCACAUCACUUUUGGUUUACACACUGUAAUCUAUUUAUGGCCAAUAAGAGGAGCACAUGAUGUCAUAAUUACUAAACUGCAAUUGGCAGCCAUGUAUUUUGUAUAUGUCGCCUUCCGAUUGGUUCAAUUUGAGGGAGGAAAU